AUGGAGAGCCUGGGCAAUGACAAAGUUCUGCACAUUGAGGGUGCAGAGAUGCUGAUCUCGUGGCCCCUGAAAGCAUCCUGCUUGGGCACAGAACCCAGCCCUGUUCUUCAGAGGAAGCUGAUGCCUGGCGAGCGUGCUGAGCCUUUGAUCCUGCCUGGCCUGUACAUCGGCAACUUCAAAGAUGCCAGAGAUGUGGAACAGUUGAGCAAGAACAAGGUGACACACAUUCUGUCUGUCCAUGAUAGUGCCAGGCCCAUGUUGGAGGGAGUUAAAUACCUGUGCAUCCCAGCUGCGGACUCACCGUCGCAAAACCUGACAAGACACUUCAAAGAAAGCAUCAAGUUCAUCCACGAGUGCCGCCUGCAGGGCGAGGGCUGUCUCGUGCACUGCCUGGCUGGGGUCUCUAGGAGCGUCACGCUGGUGAUCGCGUACAUCAUGACCGUCACGGACUUUGGCUGGGAGGAUGCCCUGCACACUGUGCGUGCGGGCAGGUCCUGUGCCAACCCCAACCUGGGCUUCCAGAGGCAGCUGCAGGAGUUUGAGAAGCACGAGGUCCACCAGUACCGGCAAUGGCUGAGGGAAGAAUAUGGUGAGAACACUUUACGGGACGCAGAGGAAGCCAAAAGCAUUCUGGGUAAAUAUAAAGAGCAAGGGCGCGUGGACAUGCAGCCGGGCGCUAGGCGGUGGAGCAGCUUCUCAGCCCUGCCUCCUCUGACCUACAACUAUUCCUCGGAGACCUAACACAGAAGGACUGUUCUUCUGGCCACCGCUUGUGUUCCACGCCCGCCUGCCAUGGGGUGGUUUGCUGGUGUGCUGGUUGCAGGGUUGCCCUGGGACGUCACCCAGCCCUGCUCACCUGCGCCCUGACCUCGUCUGCCCGAGCUCCUGGGCUGCCACACACUGCGGUGCCGGUGCACACGUGUGAGCCGCGGUGGGUGCUUGCGCAUGCACGGCGUGGAGCCGUGUGUGCAGCGUUGUGAGGCUGCUGGCUCGUGAGUGCACAGGCAUGUGCAUCGUGAGAGCCAAGAGUCCUCAGCCCUUGAUGCCCAGGUCGGUGUGGCCACCCGUCCCUCCCCUGUUGCCACGUGGAAGGCUCUUGCCCCCGACCUUGGCCUGGGAGCAGACAACGACAGGGACUGAGAGGGGGCGGAGCCACCCCCAAGGAGUGGGGGCUGGCCUUGGGGCGGGAAAGCGCAUGCUGCUCCCCUCAGGGCCCAUCAGCCUGUCCUGUUCCUGAGGUCUGCUUGGUGUCUGGCUGCACUCGAGGUUCUCCAGCCGAGGUUUCCUGGUCAGAGGGCCCUCCUGCCUCCUCUACCUGCUGCGCACAGUCCCAGCCUCUCUCCCGCCACCUUUCUCCCUGUGCAGGGGCCCCUUGAGGUUUGCAUGCGCCUGCAGGCAUUGGGAAGAAAGAGCACUCACUGGGCCCUGUGGCCGUUCCUUGGCCUGGGCUUGUGCUAGACUCCCUGUUGUAAACCAUGGAUUUGCUCUUUCGUCUCAGCUACCUCAUUAAAGGUCUCUGAAAAGGUG